AUGAAUAGGUUAUUUGGAACUAAAAAUACUGCUCCAAAGCCAUCCUUGAAUGAUGCAAUUAAAGGGAUUGAUGAAAGAGUUAGCUCGUUAGAUGUCAAGUUGAGCAAAAUAAACUCAGAAUUAUCAACUUAUCAGCAAAAGAUAACUAGAAUGCGUGAUGGACCAGGAAAGUCAGCUUUAAAGCAGAAAGCUCUCAAGUUGUUGAGGCAAAGAAAACAAAUUGAAGCACAAAAGGAUCAACUAGAGAAUCAGUCUUGGAAUAUGUCGCAGGCGUCAAUGACUACCGAUAACUUACAAAAUACCAUGGUGACAAUCAAUGCAAUGAAAACAGCAAAUAAGGAAUUGAAAAAGACAUACGGAAAGAUUGAUAUCGAUGAACUUGAAAACUUACAAGAUGAAAUGUUGGAUCUAAUAGACAAGUCUAACGAACUACAGGAAGCACUUUCAACAAGCUAUGAUGUACCGGAAGAUGUUAGUGAAAGUGAAUUAGAUGCUGAAUUGGAAGCUUUGGGAGAAGAAAUCGAUUUUGAGAAUGAAAUGGCAGAGAGUGGAAUAGGUGCACCAAGCUACUUGAGUGAUGCAGAGCCUACCAAUGCAGAUAAACUCCCUACUUUUAUUGAUGAAGAGCCAGAAAAGACUGAAAAAAUUGCAAAUUAG